AUGGUAUCGUUAAAGACCGUCCAAGCAUCCAACGCCCGCCUCCGGGCAAUCCCAAACUUAACCACCCUCUUCGUCGGCGGCACCAGUGGCAUCGGCCAGAGCACCCUGCGCCAGCUCGCCCGACACGCCGACAGCCCUACAGCGUACAUCGUCGGUCGCAGCCAAGCUCGCGCGACACCCUUCCUAUCCGAACUGCAGCAAACAAACCCCAAGGGCCGCUUCCACUUCAUCGAAGCAGACGCAUCCCUUGCGCGCAAUGUCGACGCGGCAUGCAAAGAAAUCCUCGCCAAGGAGAAACACUUGAACUUCCUCUUCAUGACGCCUGGGGGGAUUUCCCUCGGCGGGCGAAACGAAACAAUCGAAGGAAUAGAUCACCUCUUUUCCCUCCGCUACUACGCCCGCAUGCGCUUCAUCCAGAACCUCCUCCCCUUACUCUCCUCAACACCCAGUUCAAGUCCAAGCAGGGUCAUAAGCAUCUACGGCGGCGGGUUCGAAUUCCCCAUCAACACAUCCGACCUCGAUCUGAAACAUACAUUCUCUCUGUUAAACGCAUACAAGCACUCCAUCACCAUGACCUCGCUGGCGAUGGAGCAUCUCGCGAAAACGAACCCGGCUGUGAGUUUUGUGCAUGCAUACCCGGGUCUUGUGGGGACGAACAUCUACAAUAAUAGUUUCCCGGCACCUGUGGCGGCGGUUUAUAAUUAUGCCAUGUGGCCGCUCAUGUGGCCGUUUUCGGUUGAUCUGAAAGAGGCCGGGGAGAGGCAUUUGUUUCAUUUGGCGUCCGGGAGGUAUCCUGCUAGAGAUGCGGUUCCGGUUGAUGAGGAGGAGGUGGCGACGGGGAUUACGGGGGAGAAAGGGGGUGGUGCGUAUUUGUUGGAUUGGAAGGGGGAUGUUAGGAGCAGUGCGAAGAUUCUGGAGCAGUACCGUGAGCAGGGUGUUGCGGAGAUGGUUUGGAGGCAUACGGAGGGGCUGUUGGAGGAGGCUGUUAGGCGGUGA